AUGCCGCGCAGGAGAGACCCGUCCAAGCAAGUAUCUCGACGAAGCCACCGCGGCUGCCACCGCUGCCGUCUCCACAAGAUCCGAUGCGAUGAGGUCAAACCUCACUGCGGGCCGUGUACCUCCCGUGGCUACGCCGACUGCAUCUACGCCCGAAUCCUCAAAUGGGAGACGGACUAUGUCGGCCGCGCCUUUGGGAGGGCCGGGGUGUGGUCGAAAUCUGGGAUUGCUGGCAAUAACAAGAAUAAAUCCGCGACAACGCUUUCGACCCUGGACAACUACUCGAGUCUACCUACCUACGUCCACUCUUUUGGCUUCCUGAACUUUUUUAUCGCCGAUUUUGAGAGGGAAGAGUCUUCAACGUUCUCCAGCGAUGACAGCUCCACGGAUGAUCGCAAAUCGGCAGCUCUUACACUGAGAAAGAAGUUGGACUCCAUCAAACGGCCGGUAAAGUACGUUCAACUUGACAGCCAGGCCGAAUCGCACUUGCUAUCUUAUUACCUUGAUCGAAUUUGUCCCAUGACAGUCCCGUGCGCCAAAAGCGAAUCUCCCUUUUCCGCCCUCGUCUUCCCCUUUGCCGUCUCCUCCGCCUCGCCGGCCCUCAUGCACGCCUUACUAGGCCUCGCCGCAUCGCACAGAGCGAGGUCAGAUUACACUUAUCAGCCGGUAGCUCUAAGUUAUUCGGCCAAGGUCAUCCGAUCGCUGCGCCUGACCCUCGAAAACAAGUCGUCCAUCGACAUUGCGGCCAACUCGGAAAUCCUCGUCCUGAUAAUGCUGCUAUGCCAGCUGGAAAUCAUUGCAGAAUGCAACAAGCGCUGGGUCACGCAUCUGCGAGGGGCCCGAGACCUCAUCAGGUUCAGACGACGAGGCAUGACUUCGGACGCCGCUAAGAUGGCGGCGCGGCAGCAGAGCCCCUGGCAGCGAAUCAUCAAGUUCACCGAGCGGUACUUUGCGUUUCACGACGUCAUGGGACGAACCGCCUGCGGCGAGGAGCCCAUCUUUGGCAAUGACUUUUGGUCCGCGCAGGAGGACGAGCGGCUCGACCUCUGGAUGGGCUGCUCGCCGCACCUCGUCAGCAUCAUUGGCGAGAUUACGGAGCUCAGCUUCAAGUAUCACCAUACGUCGUCCGCGACGGCGGAGGACUGCUGGCAGGAUCUCGAGCGCCAGCGUACGAGGUUGACAUUUCUGCUUCAGCAGCCGCAUCUGAAGAGCGACAGCGAAGACAAAAUCAUCAAGAAUACCGUCGAGCUGAAGCGGCUGACGGUGGAGCUAUAUCUUCACUCUGCCCUCGACGACUCCACUCCCGCAACACCAGUGAUCCGGCAGAAUGUGAAGAAGAUCUUGCGCCUCGUCGCGAUGCUGCUUAAGGCAGGUGUAAAAGCUGGGCUCACGUGGCCACUCUUCAUGGCUGCUUGUCAGCUCGAUCCCACAGAGGAGCUCGAAUGGGCCGAGGUCGACGCUGACGACGAAUCGACACCACGCUACGCACGGCCGCUUGUUCUUUAUGCACUCGAUCGGUUGGCAGAUUCACUCUCAAACGUCACCCGGACGCGUUCUGUCAUCGAAAAAGUCUGGAAGCAACGAGAGGCGGCAUCAUUCCUGUCUUUGGAUCACCAACUUUCCCCCAGUCCCAAGGCGUUUAAUGAUUGGGCUCGAUUCGUUGCGCCACUCUGUCACAACAUUAGCCUUGCUUGA